AUGACGGAGUUCUUGGGAGGUAGAGGUAGACGACCAUACACCCGGUCAAAACGGGAAUCUGGGAAGGUUGAGGUGGAGGAUCAUUCGCCCGCUCAAAGACGAAGAUCUGGGAAGGUUCAGGUAGAGAAUCAUUCUCCCGCUCAAAGACGGAAAUCUGGAGGUGGAGGCAGAGGAUCAUUCUCCCGCUCAAAGACGGAGACCUGGGGAGGUGGAGGUAGAGGAUCAUUCGCCCGCUCAAAGACGGAGACCUGGGGAGGUGGAGUUAGAGGAUCAUUAUCCCGCUCAAAGUCGGAGACCUGGGGAGGUGGAUGUAGAGGAUCAUUCGCCCGCUCAAAGACGGAGACCUGGGGAGGUGGAGUUAGAGGAUCAUUCUCCCGCUCAAAAACAGAGACCUGGGGAGGUGGAUGUAGAGGAUCAUUCGCCCGCUCAAAGACGGAGGUCCGGGGAGAUGGAGGUAGAGGAUCAUUCGCCCGCUCAAAGACGGAGACCUGGGAAGGUGGAAGUAGAGGAUCAUUCUCCCGCUCAAAGACGGAGACCUGGGGAGGUGGAGGUAGAGGAUCAUUCGUCCACUCAAAGACGGAGGUCCGGGGAGGUGGAGGUAGAGGAUCAUUCUCUCGCUCAAAGAUGGAGACCUGGGGAGGUCAUUAA